AUGUCCGCUGCCAGAACGGCGGUCAGGCGAGCUCUGCUGUAUGUCCCUGGAUCAUCGCAGAAGAUGCUCGAUAAGUCUCGAGGGCUUACCGCCGACUGUGUGGCCUAUGACCUCGAAGACUCUGUUACCAUCAAUAGGAAGGCCGAAGCGAGGUCCAACAUCCGGAACUUCCUUGAGCAGCCUCGUGCAGAUGGUAUCAAAGAGUGCGCUGUUCGAAUCAAUGCUGUUGGGACUGGUCACGAGGCCGAUGACAUCGAAGCAGUGUGUAAUGCGCCAUAUCUUGACACCCUUGUCAUCCCGAAAGUGAAUUCCAGCUCCGAUUUGAAAUGGGCUGCUGACUUCAUCAACCACAAGCGAACAUUCACUGGUCCUGAGGAGUCUUCACCUCGUCAGAUCAAAAUUCUUGCUCUUAUCGAGUCUGCCAAAGCGAUUUCCAAUUUACGUGAGAUUUGCGAGACGGCUGCUCAACUUGAUGGUCUCAUCUUCGCUGCUGAAGACUUUGCCCUGGAUCUUUCGUUGACUCGCACGCCUUCCCUGACUGAAUUCCUGUAUGCGAGGUCUGCUAUCGCUACUGCUUGUCGUGCGCAUGAUUUGCCCUCUACCAUCGAUCUUGUGUGCACCUCUUACAAGGGCGAGGAAGGCAGCAGGGUGAUGGAAGAGGAGUGCUUCGGAGGCAAGGGCCUGGGCUUCAAUGGCAAACAGUGCAUUCAUCCCGACCAGGUCGCGAUCGCGCAGAAGGCCUUUGCUCCGAGUGAAGACGAAGUGGCGUGGGCUGCGAGGGUAGUGAUCGCGGACGCGAAAGCCGAUGAGCAGGGGAGAGGCGCGUGGACGCUGGAUGGCAAGAUGAUCGAUGCACCCGUCGUUGGGAAAGCUAAAAGACUUGUCAGCAAAGCUGAAGCUUGUGGCUUCGAUGUCAGUGCCGUGAAAGAGAAAUGGAAGGGUCAAGAGCCAGAGUGA